CCUCCUCGGGGCGCGGAAGUGGUUGUCUUGGUGACGGGUCCUAACGGUCUCCGACCUGAGAUUCUUCGUUGAGGGGCUGCAACCUGAGCUUCUGUUCAGAGACGCUUUCAGGUCCUUGAAGUGGACGCGGUGGGUGGGUGGCUGGUCCAGCCUUCGACGUGGAGUAAUUUGAAGCUUUCGAGGAAAUUGAAAUAGAACUGGAGAAGAAAACUGACCCAUAAAAAAGAUGUCUCGAAAAAUUGCCAAGGCAUCAAAAAAGGUGAACAUCUCUAGCUCUCUGGAAUCUGAAGAUAUUAGUCUAGAAACAACAAUUCCUACAGACGAUAUUUCAUCAUCAGAAGAACGAGAUGGGAAAAUUAAAAUCACCCAGCAACUAAUUGAACGUAAAGAACUACUUCAUAAUAUUCAGUUACUGAAAAUAGAACUAUCCCAGAAAAAUAUGAUGAUAGACAACUUGAAAGUGGAUUAUCUUACAAAGAUUGAAGAAUUAGAGGAGAAACUUAAUGAUGCUCUUCACCAGAAGCAGCUACUGACAUUGAGAUUAGACAAUCAAUUGACUUUUCAACAGAAGGAUGCCAGAAAAUAUCAAGAACUAAUGAAACAAGAAAUGGAAACGAUUUUAUUGAGACAGAAACAACUAGAAGAAACAAAUACUCAGCUAAGGGAGAAGGCGGGAGAUAUUCGUCGAAAUCUGCGUGACUUUGAGUUGACAGAGGAGCAAUAUAUGAAACUAAAAGGUUUUCCUGAAGAUCAGCUUUCUAUUCCUGAAUAUGUAUCUAUUCGGUUCUAUGAACUAGUAAAUCCAUUAAGAAAGGAAAUCUCUGAACUGCAAGUGAAAAAGAAUGACCUAUUAGAAGAAUUGAGUGAAAAUAAAGGCCAAUUGAAACAACUGACAGAGACUUAUGAGGAAGAUCGAAGAAAUUAUUCUGAACUUCAAAUUAGAUGUCAACGUUUGGCCUUAGAAUUAGCUGACACAAAACAGUUAAUUCAGCAAGGGGACUACCGUCAAGAAAACUAUGGUAAAGUCAAAAGUAAUGAGCGCGAUGCCCUUGAACAGGAAAUAAUUGAGUUAAGGAGAAAACAUGAAAUACUUGAAGCCUCUCACAUAACUCAAGCUAAAGAAAGAAAUGAAUUAUCAAAAGAGGUAACCACCUUACAACAAACUGUUACUUUACUGCAAAAGGAUAAAGAGUAUCUCAGUCGCCAAAACAUGGAGCUUAGUGUUCGCUGUGCCCAUGAAGAGGAUCGCCUUGAAAGACUUCAGGCUCAACUUGAAGAAACCAAAAAGGCUAGAGAAGAGAUGUAUGAAAAAUAUGUAACAUCCAGAGACCAUUAUAAAACAGAAUAUGAAAAUAAACUACAUGAUGAACUGGAACAAAUCAGAUUGAAAACUAAUCAAGAAAUUGAUCAACUUCGAAGUGCCUCUCGGGAAAUGUAUGAACGGGAAAACAGAAAUCUCCGAGAAGCAAGGGAUAAUGCUGUAGCUGAAAAGGAACGAGCAGUGAUGGCUGAAAAGAAUGCUUUAGAAAAACAUGAUCAGCUCUUAGACAGGUACAGAGAACUACAACUUAGUUCAGAAAGCAAAGUCACAGAAUAUCUCCAUCAAAGUAAAUUAAAAUCUUUUGAAAGUGAGCGUGUUCAACUUAUACAGGAGGAAACUGCAAGAAAUCUCACACAGUGCCAGCUGGAAUGUGAAAAAUAUCAAAAAAAAAUAGAGGUUUUAACUAAAGAAUUUUAUAGUCUCCAAGGCUCUUCUGAAAAACGCAUUACUGAACUUCAAGCACGGAACUCUGAGUAUCAGGCAAGGCUCGACAUUUAUGAGAGAUUGGAAAAAGAGCUUGAUGAAAUAAUAAUGCAAACUGCAGAAAUUGAAAAUGAAGAUGAAGCUGAAAGGGUUCUUUUUUCCUAUGGCUAUGGUGCUAAUGUUCCCACAACAGCCAAAAGACGACUAAAGCAAAGUGUCCACUUGGCAAGAAGAGUGCUUCAGUUAGAAAAACAAAACUCACUGGUUUUAAAAGACCUGGAACAUCAAAAGGACCAAGUAACACAGCUUUCACAAGAGCUUGACAGGGCCAAUUCUCUGUUAAACCAGACUCAGCAACCUUACAGAUAUCUCAUUGAAUCAGUGCGUCAGAGAGACUCUAAGAUUGAUUCGCUGAAAGAGCAUGUUACACAACUUGAGAAAGAUGUCAGCAAUUUGAAUAAAGAAAAGUCAGCUUUACUACAGAUGAAGAAUCAAAUGGCAUUAGAUUUAGAACAACUUCUAAAUCAUCGUGAGGAAUUGGCGGCAAUGAAACAGAUUGUCACCAAUAUGCGCAGUAAGCGUUCUGAGGACCAGUUACUUCUUACUAAAACAGAAGCAAAAAAUAUGACAGAAGAUCAUAAAUCAAAGAUUUUAAAUGUGCCUAGAGAACAUGAAGACAAUAUAUUUAUACCCAAACCAACACUCUUUACCAAAAAAGAAGCACCUGAGUGGUCUAAGAAACAAAAGAUGAAGACCUAGUGUUUUGGACGGAUUUGCUGUAUCAUUAUUUACUCCUGAAGUUCUUUCUCUGAUGAGCAAAAAGUUUAUCUUAAUCAUGGACUUGACAUUUUUUUUUUUAAAUAACCAAAGCUUAUUUUAACCAAAUGUUAAAUUAAGAGAUUUCAGCCUAAGAAUCAAAAUGUAUAACGUGCAGAAAGUAGUCCACUUUGUAUUUGGUUUUAUCUAUUGUGUUACAAAAUAAAUAUCAUAUACUCUUAUGAUUUA